GUGCAGUCGGUGAAACGAUUUUGUGCCGGUGUUCGACGCCUGUGCUCUUAUGUGCGGGGAUGGGCACAGCCUCCACUUGUGUGCUUCAUGCCACCACAGCACAUGUCGGAUAGGCGCCAGAGCAUCCUCGGCGUGCCGGCGGUACAAUGAGCUCUACCUUGUUGCUGAGGGGGAAGCUUAUUUAUGAGAUGUCGGUGAAGGGUGAACUAGAAAGGAGUGGGGGAGGAGUGUUGAGAUGAGAGGGAGAAUAGAGGAGAAAUUUGAGCGUGUGAAUAUAAGCAGGGAUGCUGAUGAUAAUUCAGUAGGCGGGGCUUGGCUGGCAGCUUCCUCUGCCUUUCCAUCUGAGCGUCUCUCCUCGUGUUUUUCCUCCCUCCAUUCAUUUACUACAGCACUGGAAGCAUCUGCAGUCGUCGCUUUUGUUUUUCCCUUCUGUUUGUCUGACCGGGUGGACUACUGCGCUUCUUUGCAUCCCGACGGACUAUACAAGGGCUGUCCUCACACAUCUGGGUGGGGGUUGAGGUGUGGUGGGUCCCCGAUUUUUUCAGAGCCAGGACUGGCUUUUUCUCUCGUCCCACAGAGAGAGGUGGGACUGAGGAGGCAACCAAGAGCGGGGGUUCGUAGUGGAAGAGGGGGUGGGAGCGGCGCCUGUUGAGGGGAAUAAUGGUGACGCCGGCUCCUCGUGCUGUGCUUGUGCUGCUCCUCCAUAGGCUGCGUGUCGUCCAGGCACAGCCCCUCAUCACCUCGACAUGAGCGGUGCAGGAAGGGUGUCCUGCUCCAUGCUCAACUGCUUCGGUGAAGAGGGGCCUCCCAGUCUGGAGUACAUCAAGGCCAAGGAUCUAUUCCCCCACAAGGAACUGGUGAAGGAGGAUGCCAGUCUUCAGGUGCCCUUCCCAGUUCUUCAGGGGGAAGGGGUGGAAUAUCUUGGCCAUGCAGAUGAGGCUAUCAUUGCUAUUUCCAACUACAGACUCCACAUCAAGUUCAAGGACUCUGUCAUCAAUGUGCCUCUUAGGCUGAUCGAGAGCGUGGAGAGCAGGGAUAUGUUCCAGCUGCAUAUCAUCUGCAAAGACUCCAAAGUUGUCAGAUGCCACUUUACAACCUUCAAGCAGUGUCAGGAGUGGGUGAAGCGUCUGACCAGAGCUUUAGCUCAUCCGUCUCGUCUCGAGGACCUCUUCGCCCUGGCCUAUCAUGCAUGGUGUCUGGGAGGCAGUGCUGACGACGAGGACCAGCAUGUUCACCUUUGUCGUCCGGGUGAUCAUGUGCGUCAGAGAAUGGAGAUGGAGGUCAAAAGGAUGGGCUUUGACACGCAGAACAUCUGGAGAGUGUCAGACAUAAAUUGCAACUAUAAGUUGUGCUCCAGUUACCCACAGAAGCUUCUUGUUCCGAUAUGGAUAACCGACAAGGAGCUGGACAGCGUGGCCUCCUUCAGAUCCUGGAAGAGGAUUCCUGUGGUGGUCUACAGGCACCAGAAGAAUGGGGCCGUGAUUGCUCGCUGCAGUCAGCCUGAGAUCAGCUGGUGGGGCUGGAGGAACACAGAUGAUGAGUACUUGGUGACAUCGAUUGCCAAAGCUCGUCAAAUGGACACAGGAACCAAGACUUCCUGUGGCGCACCGGCUUGCCAACAACGCGGGGACGCUCCCGACUCAUCGGACAGCGAUUUCGACUCCUCGCUGACGGGAAACUCGGGCUGUGACGACAACACCGUGCCCCAGAAGCUACUGAUCCUGGACGCUCGCUCUUAUACAGCAGCGGUGGCCAACCGUGCAAAGGGCGGAGGUUGUGAAUGUGAAGAGUACUACCCCAACUGUGAGGUGAUGUUUAUGGGAAUGGCCAACAUCCACGCCAUCCGGAACAGCUUUCAGGCCCUGAGGACAGUCUGCAGUCAGAUACCCGACCCUGGAAACUGGCUUUCAGCUCUGGAGAGCACCCGUUGGCUGCAGCACUUGUCCGUCAUGUUGAAGGCAGCCACUCUGGUGUGUUCCUCUGUGGAAAGAGAAGGCCGUCCUGUUCUUGUGCACUGUUCGGACGGGUGGGACCGUACGCCUCAGAUUGUCGCUCUGGCCAAAAUCCUGUUGGAUCCCUACUACAGAACACUAGAGGGUUUCCAGGUGCUCGUAGAGACGGAGUGGCUAGACUACGGUCACAAAUUUGGGGACCGCUGCGGCCACCAGGAGAACGCCGAUGACGUCAGCGAGCAGUGUCCCGUCUUCCUGCAGUGGCUCGACUGCGUUCACCAGCUGCUCAAACAGUUCCCCUGCCUGUUUGAGUUCAAUGAGGCCUUCCUGGUCAAGCUGGUGCAACAUACGUACUCGUGUUUGUACGGUACUUUCCUGUGUAACAACGCCCGUGAGAGGGAGGCCAGGAACAUAUACAAACGCACCUGUUCCGUCUGGUCUCUGCUUCGCACAGGAAACAAGAACUUUCAGAACUUCCUCUACAUCCCAAGUCACGAUGUGGUGCUGCAACCCGUCUGCCAUACGCGGGCAUUACAUCUGUGGACGGCAGUCUACCUCCCCACUUCUUCCCCCUGCACUGCUGUGGACGAUUCUAUGGAGAUCUACCUGUCCCAGAGCGUCACAGGAGAAGAACUCGCCUCCCGCUCACUUGACAGACUUCCGAAGACCCGAUCCAUGGACAACCUACUGUCUGCUUUUGAAAAUGGCAUGCCCCUGACACGAACAUCCAGCGACCCCAAUCUUAAUAAGCACUGCCAGGAGGGGCGCCCCGCCCUGGAGGCCGCGCCCGUCCCGGAUAGUACAUCUGCAGACGGCUCUGACGAGGUCAUACCUGACAGUGACGGCGGGGAACCCUUGCGGCUGAGCCCCUCCGAGCCCUCGGAUGGCGGUUGUGAGGACACUGCAGAGGAGCCGUGUCUCACCACUCAGCCGCUGCCGUCGCUGCCUCUUCCUCCAGUCCACGUGGCUUCGGGCGUCAUACACGCUCCUCUCUUUGCGCCUGUCUUACAACGAGCUUCUUUGCACACCGCUCCCCUUCCUCUUCCAACAACUCUGCUGGAGGCUGAGAACCCGUACAGGACUUCUGAGAGCACCGCGCCACCCAGUCUUACAUCGGAGCCUUCCUUACUGCUGCCCCACGACUCCACACAACCAUCAACCGCCACAAUAUGUCCGCUGCCUGACGCCGACAUUGACAGUCGGGAAAAUGGCCUCCUGCACUCUGCAGACCUAAUGGCUGUGAAGCUUCUAACGCCACUGGUUCCGCUGGAGGACUCCACCGAGACCCUGACAGAUCAAGGAGAAUCUCCCCUCGCCCUGCCUCAUCAGCAGAGCAAUGGUCAUACUCCCGAUCAUUUCAACGACGAGGAGCAGCAAAUAGCAAAAGUAGCAGUAGAGUCGCACGAAGAGGACACGGCCGUAGAUGUUGUCAAAGGAAAAGAUCGGACAUUAGCCGUUGCAGCAUCUCCAAUAGACUACAUUCAGGGAGCAGCUCGCCAUCUGAUCUCCCAGAGCCCACUGUCGGACAUGUCCCUCUUUGGCUCCCACUGGGAGAGCGUUCAGGGCCUGAUGCAGUCCUCCUGCAACGGCGGCAGUCACUGCACCAGCCGCUCUCUGCAGGCCAACGCCUACCAGAGCCGCCGACUGGCCCACAAGCUCCUGCGCUCCCAAGGCUUCCCCGUCCCGAACGGCUCCCAGUUCUGCCGCAGGGAGGCUCUCAUCCCCGGCAUCCCUCUGCAGCCCGCAUGGCCGUCUGCCACCAGGAGCGCCGCCCACCCCGGCCUGAAUGGAGCUGCUCAAAGCAACUGCUCACCGGCCGGCUAUCAGCUUCCGCCCGUUUCACACCCCUCACCUUCCGCCUCCAGCUCCCCCCUUCCAUCCCAGACUCUGUCUUACCUCGACGACGACGGGCUGCCGGUGCCCAUGGACGCGGUUCAGCAAAGACUACGUCAGAUCGAAGCCAGCUACAAACAGGAAGUGGAGGUGCUGCGGCAGCAAGUGCGACAGCUGCAGAUGAGACUGGAGAGCAAACAAUAUAGCACCCCCCCCUCGGAGCCGGACAUCGACUACGAGGACGACAUCACGUGUCUACGGGAGUCGGACACCAGCCACGAGGAAGACUCUCUGUCCACGCAUAGCGAAGACCGACUGUCUGAAGGCAGCUGGGAUCGAGUGGAGAGCAAGGACACAGAGGUCACAAGGUGGGUGCCCGACCACAUGGCCUCUCAUUGUUUCCACUGCGACUGUGAGUUCUGGAUAGCCAAGAGGCGUCACCACUGCAGGAACUGUGGCAACGUCUUCUGUAAAGACUGUUGCCAUCUGAAGUUGCCCAUCCCGGACCAGCAGCUCUACGACCCGGUGCUGGUGUGCAACACCUGCCACGACCUGCUCCUGGAGUCCCGCACCCGCGAGAUCCGCAUCCAGCAGUUCAAGAAGGCCAUCGCCACAGCCUCCAGUUGAGAGGAACGUCCUCCCCCCGGAGCUCGGCAAUUCAUUCACGAGUGGUCGCGCCGACCUGCUGUGGAUUUUGGCUGCGAGGGUGUGGGCGGCGGCGGAGUCGACCCUCUUUCAACAGGGGGGAGGGGGGCUCGUUCUGGAAACGGAGGUGCUCUGUGAAGAGGUGAGGCACAGGGGGAGAAGUGUCCCAGGACCGACUCUUUCUGUUCAGACAUUUCAGCCUGUAGCAUGGCAACGCCCUCUAGUGGUAACCUCAAGUACCGGACACCUGCACUCCCCAUCAAGACACCGUCACACUUGACAGGGACAAUCGGUCGGCGGUCGGCGACUCCAAGCCUUUAACCCGAUCUACUGGAGGUUUUCAGCUUAGGGAAAAAAAAAGAAUUGCUGCUAUUGUAUUUAAAAGUCUAAUUUUCUAUUCUUAUUUUGUGCACCUCUACGUUGUUGUCUAGCGGAGGGCAUCCUGAGACCAAACUGGAGCAAAAAGGGAGAAAUCUGCUGUCGCCGUUGUAUCUUUUGAAUGUAAACUGAGCUGAGUUUGUGUGUUUGUUUUGUGUUCGGAGACAUGAUGCCGAGAUUGUGAGGGAAAUCUGCGUGGCAUGUUGCUGGUAUGUUUAAGAGGGAAAGAAAACAUCUUCCUGUUUUGCAGGGAAUACUGGGAAGUGACUGAGAAUUUUCCAACAGGGUCUGCGAUACAUGUGACGGACGGCCCUCAAAAGGCCUCAUUGUCCUGAUUGGCGUUGUGAGAGAAAAACACUGAACUCUAAAGCUCGGUGGUUCUUUUUCUCAACAGGGGAAGUAAGCCACAGACCGCCCCCCCUCCCACUCCCACUCCACAUUUAAAAUAUAUAUAUAUAUAUAUUUGUUUGUGUCUACUGGUUGUUCAAUUGUGCCAUAUUGUUGCUCUUCUGUCUUGUUUUUUUCUUUCCAACAGCAGGCGGCAGGUUGGCUCCUCGUAUGUGUUUAUGGUACAGGUAUUUAGCUGCUAAAGAUUAACACAUUGUUCUAAUCAUUCACCGUACGGUCACAUGUCACUCAAUUAGCCAGCCUAAUCAUUUACAACCGGAGAAACUCAAGUGUAACAUACAUACUGAUAUCUGAUCCAUGGUGGUGGCUAAAAAUGUUGUUCAGUUCGUCAAUAACUUGUAAAGAAAUGCACUGUAAAAGUUAAUUCCUAUUGGCUAAGAUAAAAGACUAUAUGAUGGA